AUCAUUGACUUGACUCGAUCCAUUGUUUGAUUUCGGAUAGACUAAGGCGAAACAGUUGCCAACUAGAUUGUGUCGUUAUUCUGUUACACAAAAUCAAAUCAAAAUGCAACAAGAAAAAUCCAAAUUCAACCGCCGUCAGCGGCGGUGAAUGUCGUUGGUAAACCGGAACAGUAAAAGCGGCGAGCGGUGGCGCACCGGCCCACUGAAAAUACAGUCACAUGGCGCAAAGUGUAGCCACAAAAACAAAAUCGCUAGAAGCGGAUCGGACACAGCCCACUAGGCCAUUGGUCCAAUAUUCUGCUUCGUCUUCUUCCUUUCUUUGGCCGUUUCACUACAUUCUCUGCGUGCACUCAUUCAAUGAGAUUUGUUUUCUUUCCAGAAAAGAAUCCUUAUUAGUUUCUUUCUUUCACGGCGAGCUUUACUAUGAAAGCUAGGGAGCAAAAUGGCGUCGAAGAAGAUGAAGAUGGUUGCUUUAGUAGGGCUGCUUGUCUCUGCUUUCUCUCUGGUCACACAUAUUCGUCUAGCUAGACGUACUUAUAUGGAUGCCAUUUCAGACUACCGGCAGUCUUUCGUCGCCGUCUUCUCUUCCGGGCGGCGAAUUUUUGACAAUGCAGACCUUCUCAAGGCGAAUCCUACUUAUAGAAGACUGUGGGGUGCAGUAAGGCCUCUUGAAUCAUUAUACCCUGAUGCCAAUCCAGGACAGAAUUAUGCAGCUCCUGAACCACAAUCAACUGGGUUCAUCUUUGUAAGGAUAAGAGGGGGUUUCCAUGAGAUAAGGAACUCGAUUUCUGAUGUUGUUGCAGUCUCGCGGCUUCUCAAUGCUACACUUGUCAUUCCCGAGAUCCUAUCUACCACAAGCAGUAAAGGAAUCAGCUCACAGUUCAAGAGUUUUGCCUACCUAUACAACGAGGAUCAUUUCAUGGAGGCUUUGGCAAAAGAUAUCACCAUUGUGAAAGCCCUUCCACCGAACCUCAGAGAUGCAAGGAUAAAGAAAAAGAUUCCUUCAUUCAGAGUGCCCUUCUCGGCAUCUCCUUACUAUUACCUGCACCAUGUUCUCCCAGUGUUGACUCAACGUUCAGUAGUCGAGCUUGUUGUUUAUGAUGGUGGAUGCUUGCAGACCCAACUGCCUCCCGAUCUGCUCGAGUAUCAAAAACUGAGAUGUAGGGUUGCUUUUCACGCACUAAAGUUCCGAGAAGAGGUCCAAGAACUUGCAAAUAAAAUUAUGAAAAGGUUAAGAGCUUUGGGACAACCCUAUAUAGCGUAUGAUCCCAGUAUGACCAGAGAGGCUUUGGCGUAUUAUAGCUGUGCAGAACUUUUUCAGGAUGUACAUACAGAGCUCAUCCGGCACAAGCGAUUGUGGAUGAUGAAACGAAGCCUUGUGAGGGGAAACCUUUCAGUAAAUUCUUUUAAACAACGUCUCAAAGGCUCGUGCCCGCUUAUGCCCGAAGAGGUGGGAAUUCUUCUUCGGGCAUAUGGUUACACAUCAGACACAACGAUUUAUAUAUCGGGUGGAGAGAUCUUUGGUGGACAGAAAAAGUUGAUUCCUCUUCAUGCUAUGUUCGAGAAUGUUGUUGACAGGACAUCCUUAAGCACUCCAUGGGAAUGGAGUGAAAUAUAUGGCCGUGAGACCAGCCUUAUUGACAAAUAUUCGCCUCCACCUUCGGUUGAUAAAUAUGCAAAGUUCGAAGCUUGGGAAAAUUCUGGCCCGCGUCCUCGACCUCUUCCACCUCCCCCCAGGCAACCUAAAUUGUAUAACAUUGAGGGUUGGUGGGGUUGGGUAGCUGAGAGUGAUAAAGAGCCAGAGAGUAGUGUUGAAGAAUUGAGGACUAAUGCUCAUAGGUUACUGUGGGAAGCAAUCGACUACGUAAUCUGCCUCGAAGCAGAUGCAUUCAUUGCUGGAUUUGAUCGUGAUGGUAAAGGACACCCGAAUCUUGCUAGCUUGGUAAUGGGGCAUAGGCUUUAUCAGUUUCCUGCGUCUAGAACAUACAGGCCAGACAGAAAAGCAAUUGUGGAGCAUUUUGAUGCGAUUAAGGAUCAUUUAUAUCAGGCCAACCAUACUUGGAUAUCAUCCAUAAGAAAGAGCUUGAGAAAAAGUUUGGUAGAUGGAUUGGUGAAAGAAUCCAACAGAACCAAACACAAAUCUCUUCUCGCCUUUCCCAUUCAAGAGUGUUCUUGUGUCGGGCAUGAAUCCAGUACUGAGAGGUCAUUCCAUUCUCAGAUUUAUGCUUCUCUCGGAGUUCUGCAGCGCUGUCCUGGAUGGAUGGAUGCCAACGCCAUAUCUCAGUCGAAGGAUGAAAGUGAAGACGACCCUCGUGAAGAUGACUCCAUUUCUUCUGGAUUGUUGUUUCAGCACAGCAACGAUGAUCACGAAGGUGAUAGUGGAGAUAUCAUAAGCAACAAAGAAGAAGCUCUAAUGGAGGAUGAAGACGAAACCGAGGGGGGAGAAAAAUGAACAUAGGAAACAUACUUGUCGAGGCUGGAGAUAGCAUGCUAUCUCAACUGCGCUAAAUACUAUCGAGCAGGACAGAGAUGAGAAUCUCGUUAACGAGGAGAUGCCUCUAGGCUCUAGCUGAUCCAAAUCGGUUUCAAUGGUUUGGACCAUUCAAAAAACUUGAAGAUCCAACCAAAAGGAACACAGACAGCCGGAAAUGCUCGCGAUUCAGCUCUACUGGAAACCGCUUUGCCUGGCCCGAGUUUGGUUGGCAUUUUGGUCUCCGGUUUCUGCUGGAAACUAUUGUAGCCAUUUCUCCCUCCUAGCCCUUUUCUCCCAUAGCCAAAUCCCUGAAACAAAUCCCCAUCAACAUUUCAUUAAGUCCAACAUAAAAAACAUUUGAGAAAA